CGGUCCUGGCCGUCCUGCAGAGUCGCUUUGCUUCCUGCCUCCGCAGCCGUGUCCGCAGCUUCCGCCUCGCCUCGCCCCAGCUCUGUUCCCGACGCCCAUCUUCACUGACCAAAAUGAACGGGCAGCUCAACGGCUUCCACGAGGCGUUCAUCGAGGAGGGCACCUUCCUCUUCACUUCAGAGUCUGUGGGGGAAGGCCACCCAGAUAAGAUUUGUGACCAGAUCAGUGAUGCUGUCCUUGAUGCCCACCUUCACCAGGACCCUGAUGCCAAAGUGGCAUGUGAGACUGUUACUAAAACUGGAAUGAUUCUUCUUGCUGGGGAAAUUACAUCCAGAGCUGCUGUUGACUACCAGAAAAUAGUUCGUGAAACCAUUAAGCACAUUGGCUAUGAUGAUUCUACCAAAGGGUUUGACUACAAGACUUGUAAUGUUCUGGUGGCUUUGGAGCAACAGUCCCCAGAUAUUGCUCAAGGGGUUCACCUUGACCGGAAUGAGGAGGAUAUAGGUGCAGGAGACCAGGGCUUGAUGUUUGGCUAUGCCACUGACGAAACGGAGGAAUGUAUGCCUUUAACCAUUGUCUUAGCACACAAGCUCAAUGCCAAACUUGCUGAACUACGUCGCAAUGGCACCUUACCUUGGUUACGCCCAGAUUCUAAAACUCAGGUGACUGUGCAGUACAUGCAGGAUCGAGGUGCUGUGCUGCCCAUCAGAGUCCACACAAUUGUUAUAUCAGUUCAGCAUGAUGAAGAUGUUUGUCUGGAUGAGAUGAGGGAUGCCCUGAAGGAGAAAGUCAUUAAAGCCGUUGUUCCUGCAAAGUAUCUUGAUGAGGACACAAUCUACCACCUACAGCCUAGUGGCAGAUUUGUUAUUGGGGGGCCUCAGGGUGAUGCUGGUUUGACUGGCCGGAAGAUCAUUGUGGACACUUAUGGAGGCUGGGGAGCUCACGGAGGAGGCGCAUUUUCAGGAAAGGAUUAUACCAAGGUGGACCGCUCAGCUGCUUAUGCUGCCCGUUGGGUGGCAAAAUCCCUCGUCAAAGGAGGUCUUUGCCGAAGGGUUCUUGUGCAGGUCUCUUAUGCUAUUGGAGUUGCUCACCCAUUAUCGAUUUCCAUUUUCCAUUAUGGUACCUCUCAGAAGAGUGAGAGAGAGCUAUUAGAUAUUGUGAAGAAGAAUUUUGACCUCCGCCCUGGAGUCAUUGUCAGGGAUCUGGAUCUGAAGAAGCCAAUUUAUCAGAGGACUGCAGCCUAUGGCCACUUUGGCAGGGACAGCUUCCCCUGGGAAGUGCCCAAAAAGCUUAAAUAUUGAAAAAGUGUUAGCCUUUUUUCCCCAGACUUGUUGGCGUAGGCUACAGAGAAGCCUUCAAGCUCUGAGGGAAAGGGCACCCCCUUCCUAAAUUUUUCCUGUCCUCUUUCAGCUCCUGACCAGUUGCAGUCACUCUAUAGUCAAUGACGUGCAUUUUAGCUAUUGUGGGGGACUGACUGUAAGUUGGGCUUGCUACUCUGUCCCUGGUGUUUGUUCACCAUUAUGAAUUUAGUGAGCAUAGGUGAUCCAUGUAACUGCCUAGAAACAGACAACAUUGUAGUAAUUAGUGCUUUGAAAUUGAGGCUUUGUGCCCUAUCACCCAACCUUCUAAAAUCCUAAUUGCAUUGACUUCCCACCCAAUGGUGAAAUGCCCUUGUCAUGUGCACGUAAAGUAUUCGUAGUUCCAUUAUUGCCUGUCUGGCACUGCCAUAGCCCUGUCAGCAUGAACUUGUUAUGUCUUGAGCUCUAUUACGAAUGUGAAGCCCUCCCUUUCACUUGACCCAUUUCUAAUUAUGUAGUUCUUUGUCAGGGUGGACUUCCCGUCCGAUCAGUCUCGCAUGUAACGCAAGUGCUAGUUGGAGCUCUAGCCUGACGUCCUAAGGAGAAAGGGCAGUUUCCAUCGUAAAACCCUCUCCUGGUGCUUAUGCUCUUAACCGUCACCGCUUUAAGAGCACCAAAUCUUCACUGUCGGCUGUCUUGGAGGACGUACGUAAUAAGGUUUUUAUUUAGUACACCAAUCCUAUGCACGGGUUGAGCACUAGCCAAACCUCACCAAAUCUUUGCCCUAGAAAAAACAGGCGCUUGGCACCCUUGAUGUCAGAGAAGUAGCAGGGGUAGUACCUGAAGGUCUGUAAGUUGCACACUUUGGUACCAGAUAACUUUUUUUUUCUUUAUAAGAAAGACUGAAUACUCCACACUGCACAAUAACUCCUCCAAGGGUUUUAACUUUGUUUUAUUUUCAAACCAGGUCCCAUGAGCUUUUUCUGAACAGCUGGUGUAGCUACAGAGAAACCAGCUCCCUUCAGAGAGCUUUUGGCAGGGAGGAGGAAAUCCCUUCAUACUUGAACAUUUUCUAAUUGCUUAUUUAUUGUAUUCUGGGGUAUGGCGUAAGUACAGAGAAGCCCUCACCUCAGAUGGCAGUUUUUAAAAGUUUUUUUUUUUUCCCUUGGCACCAUAAUUCCUUUUACAACAUGUUUCCAGCAUUCCCAGGUAGGCCAAGGUGUCCUACAGAAAAGCCUUGGGUUAGACCUACAGGGGGUCUGGCUGGUGUUAAAACAGAAGGGAGGGCAGAGCUGGGGCAGCUGGCCAUGGAGAGGCUGACUUGGCUGGUGUGGUACAGAGAAGCCAGCUUGUUUACAUGCUCGCUCCAUGACUGUUUGCCCUAAGCAGAAAGUGCCUUUCAGGAUCUAUUUUUGGAGGUGUAUUACGUAUGUCUGGUUCUCAAUUCCAACAGUUUAAUGAAGAUCUAAAUAAAAUGCUAGGAUCUACCA